CUUUAAAACACAGCUUAGGGCUUAGCAGAACGGUCUUUAGAUUCUGUAGUAAAGGUUCUGAUCGGACUGAUCGCCACUAGAUAGCUCUCCCAGAAAGAUGGAACCCAGUGCUUCACAAUUCAAGAUUAUCUUGGGAUCAUCUUCGGUAGCCCGUCGGAAAAUACUAGCUGAGAUGGGAUACGACUUCACAAUCGUGACUGCAGACAUCGAUGAGAAAGGCAUUCGGAAAGAAAAGCCGGAAGAGUUGGUAAUGGCCCUUGCAAAGGCGAAGGCUGAUGCCCUCGUAUUGAAACUUCAAACAAUGGAUAAUCAAGAGAUGGAUGUCAAACCAACACUUUUAAUAGCAGCUGACACAGUGGUUGUCUAUGAAGGUGCAAUAAGGGAAAAACCAUCUAGUAAGGAAGAAGCUCGCCAAUUCAUCAAAGGUUAUUCUGGUGGGCAUGCGGCGACAGUGAGCUCUGUUCUUGUUAUGAAUCUCAAGACUGGAUUCAGAAAAGGAGAAUGGGACAAAGUGGAGAUUUAUUUCCAUGACAUACCGGAUCAAGUCAUUGAUAACCUGAUUGAGGAGGGGUUUGUUCUCAAUGUUGCUGGAGGGUUGAUCAUAGAACAUCCUUUGAUACUACCCUACGUUAAACAAGUGGUAGGAACAACCGAUAGCGUGAUGGGACUCCCGAAAGCUCUUACACAGAGACUGAUAAAGGGGGCUCUCUAUUAGUAUAACUCUUUUUCCAAUUUUACCUGAUUAUACCUCUAUCCCUGUUUUUUAGAAUCAUUUAAUUUGUGUAUUUGUAAACUUUAUAACAUGUAACUUCACCUAUCUAUCAACCCAUAUGCUUAAUAUUUUUGGUUUAAUCUACUUAUCAUUUGGAUGUUGGAAAACAAUUAACGGUAAGAUUAGAAAUUUCGGUUGUACUCUUUUAUUUGCUGC